GCUGUGGGGAGCAGCGCAGGCUUGCUGGCUGACAGAGACGCACCUUACUGCCACAAGCAAUUCAGUUGCCGUCCGGUGCAGAACUUUGAUUCGAAGGAAUAAGGAUAAAUCAUAUAUUUUUUUUUGUGCUGUGAUAUAAAACAAACAAAUUCAAAAUGGGCAAGGAUUUCGAUGCUAUGGGAUUCGUCAAGGACUUCGCUGCCGGAGGUAUCUCCGCAGCCGUCUCAAAGACUGCCGUCGCUCCCAUCGAGCGUGUGAAGCUGCUUCUGCAGGUUCAGCACAUCUCGAAACAAAUCAGCCCCGAUAAGCAAUACAAGGGUAUGGUUGAUUGCUUUAUCCGCAUUCCAAAGGAACAGGGUUUCAGCUCGUUCUGGCGUGGUAACUUGGCCAAUGUCAUCAGAUACUUCCCAACCCAGGCCCUGAACUUUGCCUUCAAGGACAAGUACAAGCAGGUCUUCCUGGGUGGUGUUGACAAGAACACCCAGUUCUGGCGUUACUUCAUGGGUAACCUGGCCUCCGGCGGUGCUGCUGGUGCCACCUCUCUGUGCUUUGUCUAUCCCUUGGACUUUGCCCGUACUCGCUUGGCUGCUGAUACUGGCAAGGGUGGACAGCGUGAAUUCACCGGUCUGGGCAACUGCUUGACCAAGAUCUUCAAGAGUGACGGCCUCGUUGGAUUGUACCGCGGCUUCGGUGUGUCUGUGCAGGGUAUCAUCAUCUACCGUGCCGCAUACUUCGGCUUCUACGAUACCGCUCGCGGCAUGUUGCCCGACCCCAAGAACACACCCAUCUACAUCAGCUGGGCCAUCGCCCAGUGUGUGACAACCGUCGCUGGUAUUGUGUCCUAUCCAUUCGAUACCGUGCGUCGUCGCAUGAUGAUGCAGUCUGGUCGCAAGGCCACCGAGAUCAUCUACAAGAACACAAUUCACUGCUGGGGCACCAUCGCCAAGCAGGAAGGUACUGGUGCCUUCUUCAAGGGCGCCUUCUCCAACGUUCUCAGAGGCACUGGCGGUGCUUUCGUGCUUGUGUUGUACGAUGAGAUCAAGAAGGUCUUGUAAAUUAAAUUAUUAAAUUAUUCAACCAACAAAAUACAACAACAAACAACAUACAAACAAAACAACAACAACAAACAAAACACUACCAGCUAAUUAUAUUAGAUAAACUGAACAGAGAAGAGAACAGAGUUUGAUCUGCAAAACAACAUCUAGCCAGAACACCGGCAAGCAGUAACCCUUUUCCUUCCUGCCCCUCGCCACCCCCCACCCCAAAAUAUAAUUACGAAAUUAUAUGAUAUAGAAUAACUGGGAUAAAAUAAUUGAUAAUUGAACGAUGGCCAGAAUCAAUAGAACACCAACAGCAGCAACAACAACAGCAGAAGCAGAAGCAA